UAUAUAAAUAGAUGGAAUGGAAUACAAGGAUACAAUCAUCUCUCUCACUUGUUAUUUUUUUAGCAAAACAAUUCGCCAUUUUUUUCGCCAAAAUCGUUUAAAUUUUGUUUUUUGUUUCAUUUGAAAAUUUCCCGACAGUAUUUUAUGUUUGUAUUUUCCGUCCUGAUAUUUUCUUUUUUUUGCUGAAACCAAUUCGAUAAAAUUUCCCAGAAAUAAAAAAUGUCAUCACUUGAAGAUCCAACCGUUAUGGAUUAUUAUAUGUUUGAACAUGAUAAACAUAUGUUUUCAUCACAAAGUGGUAAACAACGUACAAAAAAAGAAGCCGAACAACAUACAAAUCGUUUUGAUCCAAAUGGUCAUUCAAGAAAAAUUAGUGAAAAAUUACGUAAUUCGGAACAGAAAAAAAAAUUAGAAAAUUUAAAACCUAAACCACGUACACGUAAAGAUUCGAUUGAAGAAUCAGAUGAAACAGCAGAGGAUUAAAAAAUUUGUUUCUUUGUUUUAUUGUUUUAUUUUUGGAUUUUCUGGAUUGCUGUUGUUCAGCUAUUGUUCGACAAUUGGAUUGUGAUAAACGGAAACAAAAAAUUGAAAACGAAAUGAAAUCGAUCGAUGGCCUACGUAUUGGGAAAAACAAAAGUUUCAAUUCAUUCAUUUUGUGGUUAUUUUGUGUUAAUUUCUUCCUUUCUUUAUUUUUUGGUUGUGGAUUUGCUUGUUUGAUGAUUUGUAAAUUUGAAAAUUUGAUUUUUGUAUUUUCUUUUAUUGAAUUGUGAU